CAAUCACUUUUCCUUGCAGUCAGAGAGAGUGGAGAAGGUGGUGGUAGAAGAACUCAAUAAAAAGCUAGAGCUGGCAGAGAAGGCUUUGGCUACAAAACAGCUUCAACUGGAUGAAAUUAAGCAGACCAUUGCUAAGCAAGAGGAAGACCUUGAAACCAUGGCUGUCCUCCGGGCUCAGAUGGAGCUUUAUUGUUCUGACUUCCAUGCUGAGAGGGCAGCGAGAGAGAAGAUUCAUGAGGAGAAGGAGCAGUUGGCUGUCCAGCUGGCAUACCUGCUAAAAGACCAAAGCAACCUUGAAGAUCUUGGCAGAAAUUCUCUGGUGGAAAUGCAAAGUCGGCAUGGAGCAAGAACCUCGCUAGAUCGAGAACGUUUGCCUCAUCUUGUUCGAAGAGGAACUGGUGGUCAAGACUGGCAGCAAUCGAAUAUUCCAAUGCAUUCUUGCCCCAAAUGUGGAGAAAUUCUCCCGGACAUUGACACGCUUCAGAUCCACGUGAUGGACUGCAUCAUCUGAAUGCUGGCCAACAGCUCCUCACAGAGGGGAAUUUUUUCACCUGCCAAGCAAAUAGAUUUUUUUUCUGCUAGAACAGGAUCCAAUUCUAUUCCAAAGAAAGUCUUAUAGGGUAUUUUUCCCCCAUUGGGUUCAGUGAAAGCCUUCACUCUGACCCUUCUUCACACCUCUGGUUGGCUGUUCCUGUUUUAAUUUGCUCUAGGAUGAGACUAUUUAUAGUCUAAAAUGAAUAACUGUUGUAAAGAACUCCAUGUAUAUUUGCAGCAGUGGAAGCCUUAUGUAACCUUCACCUCACAAGCUUCUCAUCCUGAUAGUUGAUAGUCAGUUAUGACUGAGGAAGAUUUAUUGAACCUAGCUGAAUGUAUGCAGUCAAAGGGGAGAUGAAGAUGCACACUUUUUGUAAGUUUGAAAACUAAAGUGGUGAUAAGUUUAACUAGGGAAAACUCAAUCGUGUUGGAGAAGCUUUUAAUAAAAUGAAAUAGUUUUGUAUGACACAUUUGGAACACAUCUUGCUCUUUCUCCAAGUAGCAGUUUUAUUGUGGCGCCUUUAACUGUGUAAAUUUAGUGUAGAAUACUUGAUGAGACAUAUACGUUUCGCUUUGCUUUACUCAGAUAGGAGCAAAGUGCAAGAUAAAUCGGUUGGGCCUGCAAUAUAUAUAUACACUGGUAUAUGUCACUUGGUUUUAUAGAAAAAGUCCUAGUUUAAAAUGUGCAGCUGUAAUGAUUCACUUGAAGUUGUACAGUAGCAUUCAAAAUUAUUUUGCUGAAAAGAGUUGGCACAGCUAUAACCUGACUGGAAGAGACUUAUCUGGCUUUCUCAUUUACAGAACAAAAAAUAAAUCUGUUUCAAAAUACAGAAA